AUGGCCCACGAAACGCCGUGGUUGUGGGACGUAGGCGGCGACGUUGACGACUUCUCAGACGAAGACGAUGGUCUCCACCUGGACCUGAACACUGAUCUUAUCGGCGUCAACCGUACUACAAAGGACCUCAACAUCGUGAACACUUACAGACCGAAGUGGACAUGCGUUGAAGCCUUCCGCGAGUCAUACCAAAAUUGGAGGGACGGCAUUCUGAGAUCCUUCGACCUUGAUCAGUCCCGAUUCCGACCCACGUACACCGAGAACGGACAAGAAAUCAUCAUCGAGGCGCGCCACCCAGAUAGCAAUAAUCUCCUUGGCUACAUUCACUUCAAAGGUGAUAAGGAUGGUAACUGCGUGGGAGGUCUGAAGGUAGUCAACUUCGAAGCCACCCUCAGAUUUUCUGACUUAGGCACGGGAUCGACUUCCAAAGCUCGCGAUCCUAGACAGACCGGACAACAUGGCGAUGGCAUGAAAAUCUCGUCUCUCGUCUACCGACGCAAUGGAUAUAAUCUUCGCUACGAAAGCGGUGGGUUUGCCUGGAGAUACAUCUACAAGAAAGGUGGCUUAGCCUGCUCUCUCAGUCGGAUUAACGAGAAGAACCUGAAGAAGAUCAAGGAGAAGGACAAAGGCAAACCCAGGACUCACAGGCACCACGCCUGGGAGGAUGUUUGCUUGGUCAUUGCCGACACGGGGAAAACUAAGGAUAUUCGUGGAUGGGAGGCACAGGGCAAGCAGCUCAACAUCGUCGACUUCAAGAAAUGGAUCAUCGUCACGCUCGAUAUCAAUCCGCCAAAGGAUAUCAUUCGAACCAUACACGGGGAUCUCAUCCGUGAUCCCAGCUACCAGGCGCGCAUGUACCUACGUGGUCUUUCAUUGCCGCGCGGAGGAAAGCAGGGAGACCAAUACGCAUAUGGGUAUAACUUCAAUGUCGGGAAUACCAGUGCCGAUCGCGAUGCGCUUUCUGGCUCAGCAGAAGAGAGCGAUGGUAUCACCGCCAUUUGGUCAGCUGCAAUACGCGCAGAUGGGUCUAGCAAUUCAGAUCUACUGUCAGACUAUACCAAGCUGCUUCUGAGUUCGAUCAGUAAGAAGGGCGAUGUCAUGAUGUUCACCAACGACGAUGGUUCUGAGUCUAUGCCUCGAGACAUCGCCAAGAAGGUCUGGGAGAAGAUGUUGACGCUCAACAUGAACGCCAAGGGUCAGGCAGUGUUCUACUAUUCAGCUAGCGAAGGCAACAAUGAAGUCCACGUCAUCGGCAAGAACUUGCGCAAAACUCCUACACCAAUCCACCCCGACUUGUGGAGAAUCUUGAGGAAGUAUUCUCUUUGUAGAACUCCACGCGAAGAGCUACUCCAUCGCUUUGAGUCUUCGGAGGUCGUGAGUUCUGAAUCGGAAAGUGUCUUUGGGUCAAACGUGCGCGAUAUGCUGCAAUGCUUGCUUUUCUUUCCCUCAGCCACCCGAGAUAUGGAGCUUACCUUCGUGGACGGCGAACAUCUAAACAUCGACGCUGGUUUCUUCUCGGGUACCUGGAAAGUCCACAGCAAAUGGCUUACUUGGAAAGGCGCACACGAACAAGCAUUCUGCGAAGAGGACGAAUCGGGGACAUUUUCCUGCGAUCAUGCAGUCCUGCAGCUAUGGGACAUCAUGAUCUCUCAGCUUAUCGCUACCGGCGAACAUCCCCGCGUAGCUGUUGAAGAACGUUUGCUGAAGAGUAUCGCAAGAAUACGCCUGUCGCAGAUGCCUCGGUCAGUCGAGUGCCAUCAGACCCAGAAGAAAGGCGAGCUUUUGGUUACGUGGGAGUCUGCAGAUUCGCACAGGCACAAACAUAAGACGAUCAGGGUCAUUCUUCAUCAGGACGGCUGUAAUUUCACAGAAACAUCAGCUAAGAGCUAUCUGAACCAUGACGGUUCGGUCGAGUCUGGUCCACGCCCUGUAACUGCCGACGCAGUUCAUCCGCGUAACAACGACCAAACUCCUUACGUCGACGAAGACGAUGAGAUGGAGGACAACGCCGAUUUCUACCGAUCUCCGAGUAGAAGUGUAUCUUCAUCAGUCUCAUCUUCAGUUCCAUUUAGCACACCGCCUCCGCCAGUGCCGCUGAGACAUAGGCCAGGACAGGAGCGCAGCAACGUGGUAACGGUAGACUUGACAAAACGUUCGAAGAACGACACCUACGUUCCCGGCACUAAAAUUGAGCACAAGUCGCUCGAUUGGGGUGGUAGCUUCCCUGGCAGCCACGACUUCUACCGAACCCGCGACGAGCCAGACCAAGAGAUAUACAUCCUCAAACCCAAGAUCAGCACGAUGAAAUCACGUAACAAGAGAAUGCUAUCUGGAGCCACCGAGCGCGGUGGUGCCAAGAGAUUGCGGACGAACAUCGUGGCUAAUCGCGAGGACUCGUCGGCAUCCAGCAAGAUUUCGGGUGGAGAACUUGAGGAUGAUACAGACACAGAUAGUCGACCCAGUCCCUUCCUGCGUCGUGGUGAGUCUGCUAUGACCCUGCGACCGGAGAGACGUAUGAAUUAUCGUGAGGGUCAUCCAGGGCAGGGAAUGCGAUGGUGA